GAUGGAAAGGUUUACCAGGAAUGCCGUCAAACACCAGAAGACUACUGUUUUGGAAGUCUGCGUUUACCUGGUCCUGUCCUGGAGGGAGAGAUGAUGACUGGCUGCUUCUGUCCAGAGGACCAGUCAAAAGCUGGAGAGUACAGUGAUGUGUGUGUGGACAGCUGCACUAACUGCCAAGGCCCUUAUGGAGAACCCAAGCAGCUUGGUGACAGCUGGGAGUCCAACUGUAAGAUCUGUACGUGUGAUGAACGGACCAGAACCACGAGGUGCCUGGACCGGCCCACUCUCCCCUCCCCCACCUGCUCCCCCGACUCCAUUCUGGUGACGGACUGUUGUGGAGUCCAGACCUGCCGGUUGACUCACGACUGUGAUCACCGUCAGGAUGCUGGAGUCGUCUGCUCAGAUGGGACUACUACUACUCAGAAGGCAGAUAUUGCCUUCCUGCUGGAUGGCUCUGGGAGUGUGGAUUCACACCAGUUCUUCACCAUGAAAGAAUUUGUGAAAAAUGUUGCCAGAACGCUCCUGAAUUCUAAAACCUCUUUUGCCUUUGCUCAAUACUCCGGUAGUCCCAUCAUCCGUGUAGACUUUAAUCAGUUUCAGAGAACAGGAUGGGAAAAUCAGGUGGACAGUAUCACACAGGCUACAGGACGCACAUAUACUGCCCACGCUAUCCAAACAGUUGUGAAUGAUUUAUUUAACUCUUCUGCUGGAGCAAGAGCUGAUGCCAAGUGGAUCCUAAUUGUCAUCACCGAUGGGAGAUCUGCUGAUGCUCAAGACUAUCCCAGUGUCACAGCAAUGGCUGAUGGGAAAAAUAUCACCAGAUAUGCUAUAGGGGUUGGUGCUGCCUUUAGUGAUGUAGCCUCACGAGAUGAGCUCAGCAGCAUCGCGUCUUCUCCAACAUUCGACCACAUGUUUCAUGUGAACAGUUUUGAUGCACUGGACGCCAUUGGCAGCACACUGGAAGCCAACAUUGGUGCCAUAGAAGGUUUACGUCUAGUGGACGGACACCAGCGCUGCUCAGGCAGAGUGGAGGUGUACCGUGCGGGAGAGUGGGGCACCGUGUGUGACGACGACUGGGACAUCAAGGAUGCCGAGGUGGUGUGCAGACAGCUGGGCUGUGGGCCACCCAGGGAGGCGGUCACCAACCCCAGGCACAACACCAGCGAGCCUCGCUUCGGACAGGGCUCUGGGCCCAUCUGGAUGGACAACGUUAGAUGCGCAGGGACAGAGCUGACUCUGAGGAACUGCCCCUUCGGUGCGCUGUGGAGCCAUGAGGAUGCUGGAGCCAUGUGCAAAGGUAACCACACCUGUGGCCUGAAACUCACCUGGAUGAACCUGACGAUCGGCCCCUGCUUCGCCUCCACACAGCUACCCACCUGUGAGGGGCAGUGUGACUCAAGGUGGGUGGUCAGGGACGGCAUGGUGCAGCCGGUCAGGUCUCAAUGUCAGGCGGCCACCUGGGAGGAACGUCUGCUCAGCCUGACGUGUGGCACACACACAUCAGCGCCGACAUCAUUUCCGUACAGACACAUCACUUCCUGCCUCUGUACCGCAGUUUAACCCAUCUUUAACCCGACUCCAAUGAAAAUCGUACCAGAAUA